AUGUUGAAACGAACUAUUUCCUCGAUAUUUCUCUCCAACGUCACCAAUCGUCGAUUGUUCUCGCUGUCAGCUUUAACAAAUCGACAUGUUUCGGAAAAUCCUUCUCGAGUGAAUAACAAACAUCGUCAAUUCGGUAGAUUUCAUCCGCGUUCGCCAAGUUUUCAAGAUCAAAUGCAACGGAUUCACAACUUGAACAAAGAGGACAACACUUUCGACGAAAUCAAACCUCAGUUUACUCAAUAUAAUGCCACUCGUGUUCAAUCUAAAGUAUCUUCGAAGAAAAAAGCAAUGGAAGACGACGAUGACAAUGAUAUAUUUUCAGAAGAAAAAGAUGAUUUAACAAUGCUCGGAUCUGAUAAAAAAGCAUUUUCAUCAGCAGUCUCUAGUCAAAAAUCAACCUCAACUGCAAUAUCGUUGAACCGAAAAUCCAACAAUUUGAAUAUUCCACUUGAAGUUUUAAUUCAACCCGAUCUACGUGAUCUCUACACGGACGAAGACAUUCAUCAAUCGCUAGAACUGCACAUCAACGAAAUGUAUCCAGCUCUUCGUCCAUUUACAUUCGAUUUAGCAUAUUUAAUCAACGAAUCGGAGACACUGAAACGCUUUGUUGAAAUGGGUGUUGAUGUGUAUCGUUGGAAUCAACCAAAUAUCAAAGCCAAAUAUGUUCUAACACUCAAUUUUGAACGCGAUUGCGUUCAACAUCUAGUCUUUCUCAACGAAAUAGAAUCCAUCGACGACCUACGUGUACGUAUAAAUUACCUCGAAAGUAAAGGAUUCACCAGUGAAAAUAUUCGUGAUAUACUUCUUCGUGCCCCAUUCUUGUUAAACUUAAGUACCAAAACAUUGGAUUCGAAAUUGAAUUGGUUUCAAAGGAAGUUCCACUUAACCAACUACGAUUUUGUUCUUCGUGCGCCAAAACUGCUCACACUACCAUUGCAAGAUAUCAGUGAUAUUUAUUUCAAAAUGAACACACAGUUAAGCUUCGAAUCCACCGAAUUGGAUCGAUUGUUUAAUCAAUAUCCGAGACUCUUCAUUUAUGAUUAUAAACUAAUCGAAUUGAACUUUAAUUUUCUUUAUAAUGAAAUGAAUCUUUCCCGACAACGUUUAUUGGAUUAUCCUCCGGUGUUGAAGCAAAGCUUCCAGCAAUUACGCACACGUUGUUUGUAUUUGAAAUAUGUCAAACGUUUGCAAUUCGAUCCGACCAAACCCAAUUUUGUUUCGUUGAAAGAUCUUUGCAUGAAGACAAACGAACUCUUUUGUCAACAUGUGACGAAGACUUCGCUUCGACAUUAUUUAGAUUUCAUGAAAACAUUAUGA